UCAGACAAAGGGCCGACCGAUCAUUUAUUAGUACUCUGCUUAUCGGGCCAUUGGCACAGCGCUAGAGCUCCGGAUCUGGAUCGACUUGUUAUUCUCCCCCCGGUCAACGCCUUUGCCUGCUGAGCCUGGGAAUGAUUGAUCCGCUCAUGAUCUACAAGACGAGAAGCAAGCCCAGUUUUGCUCCUAGCUAGCUGCUUUCUCCUCCUCCUCCAAUCUCCAGCAACGAAUGAAGGAGAAGCUGGCAACCAUAUUCAUAUCCAUAAUCCAUAUCUAUAUGCGAGCUAUUGCUUGCUAGAAAGCUUCUUGCUCGCAUACUCGGAAAUGGGCGGAUACGAGUUCCAGAGGGCGGAGCUAGAUGCACUGGAAGGCGUCGUACGCGAUCCAACUGCGGAGCCAAUGAGUCUGACGUUGCCGCUUCUCAGGCACAUAACAAAUGAUUUCUCCCAUGAAUCUCGAAUUGGCCGAGGUGGAUUCGCAGUGGUUUACCUGGGGGUGCUUCCAAGUGGGUUACGUAUUGCUGUUAAGAGGCUUAGCAAUAUUGCUUAUAUGAAUGAAAGUGCAUUUCAAAAUGAAGUGUUUAUCACAAUGAAGGCCACUCACAAGAACACAGUGCGAUUCAUGGGCUACUGUAGUCAAAUACAACGCCAAUUCAUCAAACACCACGGGCGACAUGUUUACGCACAGCUCGUGAAAAGGUUGAUCUUUGUGGAAUAUGCGCCUAAAGGAACCCUUGAUGCACAUAUCGGUGACUAUGGUGAACUUGACUGGAACCAGCGUUAUCAAAUUCUAAAAGGAAUUUGUCAAGAUAUGUUUGAAGAAGAAGAAACGGAACGUAUUGUUGAAAAUAUCGCCGGAACAUUCGGAUAUAUGGCACCGGAGUUUUGUACUAAUAAUAUGGUGUCAUUUAAGGCUGAGAUAUACAGUUUGGGCGUUGUGAUCGGGGAGUUAUUGAUCGGGAAGAAAGGAUGGUUUGAUGAGGAUGUGAGAAAACUAUUUGUACAGCAACUUAAGGGUUUGAGAAAAACAUUGGUAAAAGAAGGAGCGUUUUCAUCAUGGGAAAACAAAUACCACCAAGUUAGAACAUGUAUGGAGAUUGGGCAGGACUGCAUAGACCCCAACCCACAUAAAAGGCCCACUUUGUUGGAGAUUAUCCAGCGGCUUAAUGAAGCGGAAGAUAUGAACUAUUCUGCAGCAUCACUUUGGCAGUCAGGAGACGAGGAAUCCGAUUUAUCGGAUACAGAAGCUUUGGAGACAGAGACAACAUCCGAGUUUCUUCCAAGUGACGAGGAACCCGCCUCUGUGGGCAAGACCGGAGAAACAAGCACACAGGAGCCUGAUAAACCGGACCUAGUAAGUAAGUUGCCAGCAUCGGUGGACCUGUCUGACCUAAAAGUCCUGGAGAAAAUCACAGAUGAUUUCUCACACGAAAGAAUAGUUGGGAAGGACGGUACAUUCAAAGGUUGUCAUAAGGCAUUUGUUUAUAAGGUACACAUAGUUGGUGACAUUCCACGUAGAGAAAUGAUAGCCGUGAAGAGGUUAAUUGGAGUGGAGAUUCCAGUUGAAAAGUUUAAGAGGGAAGCAGAACAGUUCAUUCGUCUCGAUCAUAAGAAUAUAGUAAAGGUUGCCAGCUACUGCCACGACCAGUCUAGAGGACAUAGACUGGUACAGUUCAAAGGAAAACCGCUACCACAACUCUUUAACGGUCCCGAACAACUGCUCUGCUAUGAAUAUAUGCACAACGGAAGCCUUCGCGACUAUCUUAUGGGUCAAGGAUCUCGUGAAAUUGAUUGGCAAAUGCGUUACAAAUUGAUCAAAGGGACUUGCGCAGGCUUAGAUUACCUUCACAAGGGCCGUGCAGGUUGUCCAAUUGUUCAUUUGAAUUUAAGCCCGUCAAAUGUAUUGCUGGACCACAACUACAUACCACGCAUCACAGGGUUCGAUUUUUCGAAGCUCAUUGGUGAAAAGAACACCAAAUCCGUGGUACUUAAGCUGAAUGGACCCAUAGCGUACCUGCCACCGGAUUUCUUCCAUUCAAAGGGUACUGAUCUUAAAUAUCUUGCUACGGUAGAUAUAUACAGCUUGGGUCUUAUGAUUUUAGAAAUCGCAACACAACAAGAGAUCAAAGGCAUCCAUGGAGUGCUUAUUAAGAGUAUAGAGGAAAACUGGAGGGAAGAGUCACAAAUAACACGGCUGUAUACCUCACUAGGGGCGGACGAGCUGCGGCAAGUAAAAAUGUGCAUUGAUAUUGGCCUAGACUGUGUCAAGUCAAACCCUGAAAAGAGACCUACAGCUGGGGCCAUCAUGGACUGGCUUAACAAAGAGAGCAAACCGGUCCCAGUUUCAAGGGCAGGUGCAGGAGUGCUGCCAAGACCUCCGGUCCCUACUAAUAUCAACCAUGCAGGUCGCAUCCAAGAAAAGGAGAAGGCGGGAUUCCUGAAACGACACUUCGGAUGGAAGAAGUAACCACCUGCGCUGGCUUGUAUUCCUGUGAAUAUUAUAGAUGGUUCGACAAAGCUCGUGGUUAACCGAAGGAGGAUAUUUGAGAGCUUUUGUGUUAGAACAUGGCCAUCUUGUGCGUCCGCAGCAGCCGGGGUCAUCAGGAGGGAGUGCUCACUGCAUGGACCAGAUCACGCUCUGUCAGCCAUGGGAGUCGUGCGCACAUAGUGCCACACAUGUAACGUUUAGUUGUGUGAUCUGAACUGUUAUGUGUCGUGUAACCUACCUCAUGUGUGUGUAUGAUAAAGAAAGAACCACAUCAGUGGAAGAGUUAAACCAAUCGUAUGGUAUGACAGGUGAGACGUCACAUAUGUGGAAGCAAAAAAGAGUUGGAGGUAAGGUGGUUUUCGUACA